UGUUACGUCAUCACGCAGGUUUCCGGGUUUUCAAACUAGUUUUGUAUUAGUGGUUGUUUAGUUGUCACACGGCGAAGUUGCAUUACUUGGAUUUACGAGUUUGUUAAUGUAGUUGUUCUGGUUUUCCCAGUAAAGAAUCACCAGUGCUAUCUGAGGAUGCACCGCCGUGGGGUUGGUGCCGGAGCCAUCGCCAAGAAGAAGCUGGCAGAGGCAAAAUAUAAGGAAAGAGGGACGUUUCUGGCAGAGGACCAGCUGGCUCAGAUGUCCAAGCAGCUGGAUAUGUUUAAGAGCCACUUGGAAGAGUUUGCCAGUAAACAUAAGCAGGAAAUCCGCAAGAAUCCCCAGUUCCGAGUGCAGUUUCAGGACAUGUGUGCCACUAUAGGGGUUGACCCUCUAGCCUCUGGAAAAGGCUUCUGGUCAGAGAUGCUGGGAGUUGGUGAUUUCUAUUAUGAGUUGGGUGUACAAAUUAUCGAAGUUUGCCUCGCCCUCAAGCACAGAAAUGGAGGAUUGAUGACGCUGGAUGAGCUGUAUCCUAGAGUGCUGAAAGGAAGAGGAAAGUUUGCUCAAGAUGUUAGUCAAGAUGACCUCAUCAGAGCAAUUAAGAAACUAAAGGCUCUUGGAACUGGCUUCAGUAUAAUCCCCAUGGGAGGUUCAUACCUGGUCCAGUCAGUGCCAGCAGAAUUAAACAUGGACCAUACUGUGGUGCUGCAGCUAGCAGAGAAAAAAGGCUUUGUUACAGUCGGUGAAGUUGCAUCCAGUUUGAAGUGGGAAACAGAACGAGCCACUCGUGUGCUGGAACAUUUGCUGAAGGAGGGGAUGGCAUGGAUUGAUGCUCAGACACCUAAAGAACCGCAGUUCUGGCUCCCAGCACUCUUCACAGAAAUUUUCUCACAGGACAUCACACCUGAGGAAGCAAAACAGGCCACUUUAUAAGGCUCCCUUCCAAAAGGAUUUUUAAUGAAGGGGAUGUAAAAAUGGACCCACCAUAGACUGCAUUCUUAAAGCAGCUGGGGGCAGACAUUUCCAACUUCACUGCUGUAGGAAGAGCUGAAAAUCAGUAGAGAAGCACCACGUUGCGAUAUCAUAGUAUCGACCGAGUUCAGAAUAUAGAAUGGACUUCAGAGAAUUGUGUUUAUCCCCAUAAGAACUGCUCUUUAUUUGCUCAGGAAUGUAACUGAUAUACUAGCUGUGUAAAUAAAACAACAAAAUAUUCUCUGUA